AUGUCCGAAUUCAACUUGGUCAAGCCCCUCCCCCCCUCCCCGCCCCCCCCCAACAAAAGACCAAGAGCCGAGACCAGCACAGCCGUCUGCCGCCAGCAGACGACGCGCAGGCGAGGUCACCUGGUCCACAGAGGCUGCAGGGGGCGGGGCCCGUGCGGAUACAGGCAGCGCAAGCCUCCCUUUCAUUGGCCCCAGAGCCUCGCCCACUCUCCAAUCACAAGCGCCGGCGUCAUCACGUCGAGGCUAGGCAGCCGCCCGCGGAAAUUUGAAAUGGCUGACGCUGCGCUGGCGGGUGGCUGGCUGGGGUCGGAGGCGGUGGCGCCGGUCCCGGGGCCGGAGCGCACUGGCUGGGCGGCUGAGGAGGAGCCGGCGCCCCUCGGGAAAGGUUUCUUCCAAGAUGAAGAUUCAUGCAGUGAUUGUAGAAAUCGUGAUAAGCCACGUGCCGGUUUACAAAGUUUUGUGCCAGAAGGAGCAACUCAUUUCCCAGAAAUGUUCCAAACAAGCCAUCUUUUGUUCUAUGAGCCAUUCAGAGCCUAUCAAGGUUACAUUUACGUCACAGAUGUGGGCUUUGCAGCCUUCAAGGCAGUGGUGAGCGUCGCUGCCCCGUACCUCUGUGAAUCUCAAGUGAGCAUUUGGACCUUGGAGCAUCUGAAAGAGCUCCUCGGUCUAGAGGAACAUCAGUUGCCCCUGCAGGAGCUGUGGUUGGUUUUUGAUGACUCUGGAGUAUUUGACCAGACAGUGCUUGCAAUUGAGCUUGUCAGGCAUCGUGACGUUCUUGAAGACCGAGUUCCCUCGGGACUUAACUGUUGACUACCGCAAUUUGCUGUCUGAAUGUGAGGAGAGUUACAGGACAUUUUUAAAUCUGAGAAGCGGUUUGUCAAAUUGUAACUCUGAUUCUGAGCAGGAAAUCAUCUCCCUGGUGGAAGGGUUAAAAUUGUAUUCAGAGAUCGAACAGUUGAAACAAAAGCUAAAUCAUUGAAAAUCCUUUGUUGGGGUACACGUUAGAUGUGUCUUUGUUCUUCUUAGCUAGUUGGUGUCUUUUCUAACCAGCUGUCUUACUGAGAACUGAUAGGUCUGUGUGGUUUCUUUGAGAUAUGUAUUUGAUUAUCAGAAGAAUUCUAAUAUCCAAGCAAAGGGCGUCCGUCCAGAUGGUCAGAAGAUCACCCAUGUGUUCGCCCCCACCAUGAUGACUGGUCUGCUGUGGUCCCUGCUCAGGGACAGGCUUUGUCAGGAGCCUUGUAAGGAAGAAAUAGAGAUUCAGGCAAAAGGAGAAUUUCUUGCUCCAGGUGGACUUUUUUCCUUCUGAUUCACCCCAGGUUUUCCUGAAUUCUACACAGUGCUUACAGGACCUUCCCAGAGCUGGUUUCUGUGCAGUGGGGAUAGUGAGAGCACUGCCUUCCGUCAGUGCUGGUCUUACCAAGCCUGCACUGGGCUCAGUGCAGCAGCAAAGGAGAUACUUACGUGUGCAGUUUUGGCUCCUUUGUCAAAGUGAAACAUGAAGGCACAUGGAGUAAUACUUAGGUUGCUUUUGGGAAUGUACAUUUGCA